UAGUGCAAUCAGUUCUGUUGGUAAACACUUGAAAUUUAUUUCAUUUAUUAUUUCAACUUAGUAAAAGUAGCCUUUGUAUAUGAUUGUGGUGUAGAAAUAUUUAAUAGUGUUUGCUGUUUUAAAAUUGUGAGAAAAGAGACUGAAAAAAUGCUGGACUUUUACCUACCACGAAGACAAAAUGAUAAGUAGUAUUGAGAAACGAGGAGAUAGCUGUGUCAACCUUCAAUUACCGUACCUGCCACCGUUGUUACAAACAGGCAUCGAGGAUACAAUGGCAAAUCACAGAAAAACACCACCAACAUAUGAGGAACAUAUGCAAAGAUCACGGUCACUGUCUGGUGGAAGCAAUAGUGUAGAUCAGGAAGAUCAAUCUAGUAUACUCACUGAUAUCAUGGAAUGUAUUGGUUCUGAUAAACAAAUUACACCUUCCAGUGAUAAUCCAGAAUCGAUUGACGGAACAAGCGCGAAAGAAAAUUUGCAACAAUUAGCAUCGUUAUUAGCAGGCAGUGGUCAAGUUCAGUUAUGGCAGUUUUUACUCGAACUUCUUACAGACACUAAGAACUCUUGCUGUAUCAAAUGGGAAGGAUGUACUGGAGAGUUCCGAAUGACAAAUCCAGAGGAGGUCGCACGUCGGUGGGGACGACGUAAAAAUAAACCAAACAUGAAUUACGACAAGCUAAGCCGAGCUCUCAGAUAUUAUUACGACAAAAUGUUUCUGACAAAAGUCCAAGGAAAAAGGUAUACCUACAAGUUUAAUUUCAGAUUGUUACUGCGAGCAAACAGAUAUUUAUGUGAUGAGGAAAACUCAAGCGAAUGUACAAGUAGUGACUACAGAAACUUUAUUGAAUCGUCCCCUCCCCCAGUAUACAGUGCACAGUCGUGUAUAGGAACAACACAGGAUCACUAUGGAUUUAAUUCUAUGAAUGGCAAUCUUCAAUUAUACUCGGGCUACAGUACAGAAAUGGACUAUUUACAGAGAAACUGGUGUCUGCCAGAAAACCAAGGUUUUCAAUAUCUACCCUUUUCUGCACAAAACAACUGUUUACCAUAGCAAAUGACGUACAUUUGUUUCUUUUUAUUAUGAAGAAAUAAAGCUAUGAAGAAAAUAUAUUGCAUGACAGUUUCGAAAUGAUUGUUCAAAGAACGAUAAUUGCAUUUACUUAUGUCAUUUGUUUAUGUGGUGCAAUACAAUAAGCUGAAAGACAGUCUAAGAUAACUUUCGCUUGAUGACGUGUACAAAUGGCAGUUUUGGCAUUUACUAUCCCAUCUAGUUUGGUACUAGAUUUAGUCGAAAGUGGAACAAGCCUUUAUUUGUUUAAAAAUGUUCCCUACGUUUACUUUAGUUAGAACGUUACCUAGAACUAGAAUAUAAGUGCCAAACAGAUGCAAUUAAAGACAAUUUAGAACAGGAACAGGUUAAUCGGCUAUCCAAAAUGUUUGAGCGUUCAGGGAAGACGAAGAGAAGUUCGUCAUACACAGGAAAUUUAGUAUAAUAUAUACAUGUAAUAAAAUUAGUGAUGUUUUCCGUUAGUGAAAUUGUCUUUUAGAAAGGCAAGCUGAUUUCAAAAAUGGUGCUCUAUGUACUUUGUGACAAUUGUACAAGGAACAUAUCAGUAAUCUUUUGGAUACACGAGAAAAUGUUAGAUAAAUAAUCUUUUUCAUAAAUUUAAAGCAAUAUAGACUUAACAUUUAAAAAGAUAAAGGUAAACUAUAUCCCGGUAUUGCGCACAAAGCAAUAUCGCUCGCAAAUGGCGAUGUUGUAGUAAAACAGAUCUAAGAUGAAUGUUUUUUUAUUUUAAAAGUUUAAUCCUACAAUCAAAGGCUUAGUGAACGAACAUUGGUGACUUCUGUCAUUCGAAUAGUGGUUGUACUUACUGGUGAAAUAUUCUUCUUUAAUUAUAACAUUCACAAGUAUUAAUGCAAUAAGCCUGUAUUCCAGAUAUAUUUUUGUAGAUAUAUAAUCCAGAAGAGACAUAACUUAUAGUUUCCUUUUAUAACCAGAUUUUAGCAAUAAUGAAUUCUAAGGAUGGGCAAUUUGUCGAACAUGUCCUAGAAACGAUGCAGUAUAAACGCAACACAUAUAUUACAACAACAUUGAUGAUUUAUUCAAUGUUCAUUUGUGUAAAGGAUCAAUCUUUUGUGAUAUUGUAUGCAUUAUUUGAAAAAUUGAGUAGCGUGUGAUAUAUACAAAAUAUUUUUUAAAUCAUUGAUUUAUGAAAUUAAUGUAGUAAAAUUGUAGUUAGAUUUAAGAAUGAGCACGCAUGUAGAAAAUCAUGUUGUAAAUUAUUAUACAACAUUCAAUGGAGGAUAAAGAGUAUAUAUAUUAUGUAAAAAAUCCUUUAUGGUUUUUAAGAAACCGUAAGUAAACAUUGUUCAUAUAGAAGGGUGUAAAUGAUUAUAAAAUGUGAAUCACAUGUAAGUUGAUUGAUAUAAUUGUUUUUGUUACAAGUCAGUUUCACAUCAUGAUCUCAUAACAUUUAUUGUACAUUUUUAUCUGUGUGAAAAUACAUUUAUAUAAAAUAUUUUCUUUACGAA